GCGAAGACAUGAGCGACUCUGCGGGAGAGCCCACUCGGCUCCGGCGCUACCCCGAGCUCCCGGUGUGGGUGGUGGAGGAUCAUCAGGAGGUUCUGCCUUUUAUAUAUCGGGCCAUCGGCUCAAAGCAUCUUCCUGCCAGUAAUAUAAGUUUUGUGCAUUUUGAUUCGCAUCCAGACCUCCUUAUUCCUGUGAAUAUGCCAGCAGACACUGUGUUUGAUAAGGAAACACUUUUCAGAGAAUUAAGUAUUGAGAAUUGGAUUAUGCCUGCAGUUUAUGCUGGCCAUUUUUCUCAUGUAAUAUGGCUUCAUCCCAUAUGGGCUCAGCAAAUCAGAGAGGGCAAACAUCACUUUUUAGUAGGCAAAGACACUUCCACCACAACAAUCAGGGUUACAAGUACAGAUCAUUACUUCCUAAGUGACGGUCUUUAUGUAACUGAAGACCAGCUAGAGAACCAAAAACCUUUACAAUUGGAUGUAAUUAUGGUAAAACCUUAUAAGCUCGGUAACAAUCAAGAAGAAAAUAAUGCAGUGUCUUCUGCUAAGAAGCCAAAGCUAGCAGUGGAAGACACGGAAAGCACUGCCUCUACUAACUGUGACUCUUAUUCGGAAGGACUGGAAAAGGACACAGUAACACAGAGAAGGAGCCAGACUUGCCUAGAACCAUCAUGUUCAUGUUCUUCUGAAAGCCAGGAAUGCCAGACUACAGUCAGCACUGGGGAAAUUCUGGAAAUUUUGAAGAAAGGGGAUGCAUUUGUUUUAGAUAUUGACUUAGAUUUUUUUUCAGUCAAGAAUCCCUUCAAAGAAAUGUUCACUCAGGAGGAGUACAAAAUCUUACAAGAGCUGUACCGGUUUAUAAAGCCCGGAACCAACCUGACAGAGGAAGAUUUGGUAGAUUGUGUUGAUGCUCGAAUUCAUCAAUUAGAAGAUUUAGAAGCUGCUUUUGCUGACUUUUGUGAUCGUGAUGAUGAAGAAACUGUACAGAAAUGGGCUUCAAACCCUGGAAUGGAAUCACUAGUUCCACUUGUACAGAGUUUGAAAAAACGGAUGGAAGUACCAGACUAUGAAAUGGUUCACCAGGCUGGUCUAACCUGUGAUUAUUCAGAACUUCCUCACCAUAUCAGCACAGCACAGGAAAUUGAGUAUCUUAUUCAGUCUGUAUAUUACUUACUGAAAAAUUUACCAAAACCUACUCUUGUGACGAUUGCAAGGUCAAGUCUGGAUGAUUACUGUCCUUCUGAGCAAGUUGACACCAUUCAAGAAAAAGUCCUGGAUGUGCUACGCUCUCUCUACGGGACUCUAGACCUUCACCUGGUGUAUUCCGCAGAGUCUUCUCCAUCUUAGAAUAACGAAACACUGGGCUCCUGUUACAUCUCGAUGCAGUAACAGGGUUUCUGUUAACUUAUUUGUAAAUGAGUCUUCCAGAGAACACUUUGUAUAUUAGUUUUCAGUUAAAAUCUUUCAGAAAUUUUGAAUCUCCAAACAGAUAGCGUCAGUUGUUGAAUGAUGGCAGUUUUUUUGGCAUCAAGUCUGCCCCCAGUUGAUGGAACUGUUACAUAUCUACCUUUCCAUUAUUGUUUUCUUCACUUUCAUGAGGGUUUUUUUUUUUUUCCCCUCUUUUUCUCUUUUCCCCCUACGUCAGUUGGACUGUAUGGGAUUCAUUCACUUCAUUCACUCAUUCACUCAACCAGCUGACAUUUAUUGAGCACUUACAUGUGCCAGAUAUAAUUACGUUCUGGUUGUGUGGUGAUGAACAGAAUAGAUGAGGCCCCUGCCCUCUUGGGGGACAGCUGCGAAAUAAAUUGUGGGUUGUGAGAAGUGUUAUGAAGGAAAAGGACAACCACAAACGUGUCUUCGGCAUGCUCUUAGUACUCGGCACCUUGGCCUCUCAGGAAAGUAACAUUCUCAAAAGCUGCUACCAAAAAAAAUAAGCAAACUUGCCAGUCCAUGAAAUGUUGCAGGAAGUCCGUCUUUCCAGGACUGUUGGGAUGGUGGCCCAGCUCUGGCCGAAUGCUCUCAGCAUGGCUGGUAUUGAGGAGGUCUAUUUGAGCAAACUCAACCAGACAAAAGUUAACUUUUCUUUGCUAAUCAGAAAAGCCCUUCAGGGUUUUUUGUGCCUCCAGAUGGUAAGUGUGGGCAUCAAUUAUUGUUAUAGCUCCUAAGUGCCACUUUAUUGGCAGUCUGGGUUGAUAAUUUUUUUCAAAUAAACCAGCUUUUUAUGUAAAUAGUAGGGAAAAAAGUUAAAUCCUUAAUUCUGAGCUACCAUAAAUACACAAGGACCUAACUGCCUUCCACCAGCCUCCCCGUGAGUAAGAGACCUUAAUCCUGGGACUCUUGAUCAUGGAACUUUUCAUUUACUUAAUUUGCCAAAGUCUUCCUCUCUUCAGUAUCCCUCCUGUUCAAUAAUCAUUUUUAACAACCUACUUGAUUUCUUUUUCUUUAAAAGGUAGGAUGACGUGAAGAAAAAAAAACCCAUCAUUCCUCAGUCCUAACACGGCAUUCAUUUUUAUUUUUGCAUGUACCUUUCAGGCCUUGACCCCAUGUGUACCUGUUGAGUUGCAUGUAGCUAAAAUUAUAGUGUGUUACCUAACUGAUAGCUAAUACCCCAGGUAACAUUACCAUUACCACUUAGUAGAUGGCACUAGAUCCCGUGUUUCCAGUGAUUGUAUUUUCCAGCAAAUUUUUCUUGUCACUAGAUUGAUUUCCCAAGGCUCAUAGUGUGAAUGCUUAUUUCUUUUGUGAAAAGCAAAGCAAACUGAUUCAGCUUUCCAUUUUGAUAGAACGUUAUGUGCCAAAAAGCUUUAUUUCUCUGUAAAAUAAGAAUUGCCAAAAUGGCGCUAUUAUUUUUAAAUAUUUUUAUUAGAGUUCUGUAAUUGGAUGUUACUUUUAUGAGUAAAUUAUUUUGUGUGCUAAAAGAAAUAAAAAGGUGUGUUUUAAAGAUCUAAAACCAAACUGUAGCACUAAUUAAUUGUAUAUGAUCUUGUGUUCAUAGCAUUGAUCUCGAGUCUGUUUAGUGGUCAUUUAUUACGAGUCCCAUGAACUCGGAUGUGAUUCAUCAUUGUUAUAACUCAAGUAGAAUAAAA